AUGCUCCUUGACAAGAAAGCCAACGUUAAUCGUGUUUAUAGACUUCCUGAAUUCGAGGACCUUUGGGUGCGACAUGAGACCAUCCUUUGGAAGAGGUUCGAGGCAUACAUUACAGGCGUAGGAAAAGAUCGGGCUGAAGUAGACUGGCGCCGUUGUGUCGCCCUUCAAACCAUGCAAUUAAGCACAAGGAUUAUGGCUCCUACCAUGCAGCGAUGGGACCGCCGACAUCAACAGGAUGUGGUGGAAGUUCUGCUGAGGUCAGAUACCUUGGAUGUCGACUCCAAAGAGACAGAUACACUGCGGAUACCACAAGCCACGGAUAAUGGUGAACCGGAUUUAAUUGUGACUCUGGCCGAGUCCAAGCUGAUGACGGCCGGACCCCCUGUCCUAUGCUGCAGAGAAGGGGUUCAAGGAGGUGGUGGAAAUACUACUAAGCUCAAACAAGGUCGAUGUCAGCUCAAAGGACGGACAAGGGUUGACACCACUAAUGUAUGCUGA